GGGGGAUAUAAAAGGGAUAGUUUGAUUUGAGGCAAAGCAGAACCAAUGAGCUGCAUACAUCAAUCUGAGGCCAUCAGGGCACCCCAUUGGAGUCAUCCUCUUCAAGGUGACCACCAAACCAAACCAUCGUUUGUUCUUUCCAAGGCUCAUGCACCACUGUCUCCUAUUCCAUGGACUUUUGCCACUGCAAAGAUUCCACCACUGUCCCCUGUAGCUUUCAUACAAAACUAAGCACCCAACCCCUCCCCAGUAGAAGUCUUCCCUACCCCAACGAGCUCUUCAUGGUCAACAAAGUCAAAAUCCGGUCUUGAUUGAUCUCUCUUUUUGUCAACAUUCUUUGCCGUAGCAGUCAAAGCUGCAUCAUACACAGCAAAGACACUGCAAAGAAGUCAUCUCAAUUGUUGGUAUUUGUCCUUCCAACUCCCCAUGUAUGCUUUGCUUAUACUUCUCCUGAAGCACCAACGCUACGCCCAGUCCUCGAUGAAGCCACUGUUCUUGAUUUGCUCGUAGAAUAUAUUGGGAUGAUCGCGUUUAAAACCGGCUAUCUUCCAGUACUGAAUCGGCUCUCUUCUCUGUCUUUCUGUCUCGCUUCCCCUUCUCCGUUUUGCUUCAGGCCAUGACGGCUCCCAACAUCCAGAUGAUCGCCGCGUCGCUCAGGAGCUGCAGCAUCGGGAGAAGCGGAGGGGUGGCUACGCUGCCGCUGACGCCGGCGCCGUUGGUGGCCGCGCAUCUCUUGGAGGCGAGCGAUGAGAGCUCGGGAGAAGUCAUGGUGGAGCUCAACUCCGACACGGCGCUUCCUUACCGGUGGGAGCAGCGUCUUGACAUGCGGACGGGGGAAGUCUACUACAUCAACUUGGAGACAGGCACGAAGACCAGGAAAGACCCCCGGACUGCUGUCAUCGCCGCCGCCACAUAUUCAUCAAGCUACAUCUCCGGCAAAGAGAUCUCCUCCUCCGAUGACAGCUGCUCCAGAGUAGGCGGUAACGAGGACUACGAAAGCAGCGUCGACACCGCCAACUCUUGCCUCUCCUCCCUCUCCUCUUCCUCUCCCCCUGAUACUGUAGCUGACCCCGGCGGUGCCCAAAUCCUCGUCGCCGCCGGCUGCAGGUCCUGCUUCAUGUACUUCAUGGUCCCCAAGAGCGUCGACGCCUGCCCCAAGUGCGGCGGCGGCCUCCUCCACCUUGGCCGCUAUGGCUGCGUCUGAACUGCUCCACACUUCGAUCUUGUUCUUGCAUUCUGGAUCAACACAGAAAGACAAGAUCGGACUUUUGUGAGCAAGUUGAAAUCUUUUCAGCUUGUCCUGCGAUAUCUACACUUGGAUAUCAACGACAAUGCCGCAAUUCUUCUCUCCAGUGCCGAUCUCCAUUUGAAGUAGGUGAUAUUUUUGUUCCAGUCUCAGAUGAUGCAUCACAAGGACAAAAUCUAUCUUCAACUAUGAUGCAACUAUUAAUCCAAGCUUCAACUCAACUUUCUUAUCUUACCUUGAAACUGAUAGCUCAAACAAAGCUUGCUAAACCAAAUCCGCCUCGUAGAGCAUAGUUAACCAAGAUCAUUAGCUGAUCUUAUCUAACAAUGACAACUACUUCAUGAACUAAAAGUCAAAUAUAUAUUGUGGAUGCUAAGCUAAUCACGCAGUCAAUCUAGCUCAGCAUCAUGCAUCAUGUUUUAUUUCAUGACUCUUAUGCUCUUAAAGGACAAGGGAGGCAGACACAGUAAGCAGACAAAUAAAGGUGUUGGCUGUCAGGAAAUGGUGAUCUUUAUUUCUAGUAGACUGAGAAGAGAAUAAAGUGGAUGGCUUGCAUCUAAUUGCUUCAGACAAAGGAACCUUUCCUCGGGUUGGCAGAAAGGAAUCUGUGCAGAGGGGGAAGACACAGAUUGCAGAAACCAAGAGGAAUCAGAAAUCUAGCACACUGUUCCCCCACCCCAACAAUGAUCCCAGGCUUGCGCCUUGUGAGAACCCUAGCCUUUGCAGGCCACAGCCAUCAAUUAAAGACUGCAUUUAUUGUGACAGACAGGAGCAGCAGCAGCAGCAGCUCCACCAAGCUGAGCUUCCAGUGUUCUUUCUCAUCUGCCAUCCCCUGGGAGAGCUGCAUUGAGGGAGUAUUCCUGCGUCAUAUUCAACAGACCAACCAUCAUUCCCCAAUCAUCGUUAAGUAAGUGAACUAAAAGUAUUGUUUCUUGCAGUAUAAAUGCAUGUCUCAUAAUCACAAUCAUGAAAGACAGCAUCAUCAAAGCCUGCUUACUGUUCAUCGCUCGUCGAUGGCUCAUCUUCAUCACUAGUACUGACAGGUUCAUGCAUUUGGUGAUACGCCGAAUAUGUCUCUAUAUUAUAAUUAUAUAUGUGGAUAUAAAUCAAUAUUUAUACUGUAGCCUUUUAUUUCAACAAUCAUUAAUAAUCCAAAUUAUCGAUUGAUUCCCUACCAAUGUCUUGUCUAAACCCAUCCAAUCAGAUUUCCCAUGACAAUAUUCUUAUGAAAAAUUGAAAGAAUAACAUCUUUCCAAUGAUAAUAUAAUUUAAUCUGGCAGAAACAUGCAGUGAAUAAAGAAACUAGCUAUCAAGAACCAUUAAAAAAUGAAAAUACAAUAUAAAAUUAAUCAAAAAAUCAAAAAAAUAAAACUAUAUGAUCUGUUAUUAACAUAGAAUGCUAAUCAUAUAAGGUCGUAUCAUUAUAAUUUUUUAUACUAAAACUCAUGUGAUAUUGAGAAUGAUGAAACCACUGGGCAUCAAAUGUAUAUGUAGCAAUUGGAAGUCAACAAAUCCUCUGUUGACUGCCAUUAACAGUAGAUAACUCAGAGACUAAAGAUUUCAAUGAAAGUUGAAGGGUGAUUCCGGUAAUUCAAAUUUUCUUUUGACUUCUUUUGAUUCUCCGUUUCUGCCACCUCAGCCAAAAAGGCCAUGAUAUUUUCCACCGACGACUUCGUGGGAGAU